UAGGGAGUUCAGGUGGCCAUGAAAAUCCAUUUUGAAUCAUUUCCACUGUGGCCAUGCUCUCAGCAAGUGUUGGAGUCCCAGAAUCCCAGACUGGUUUGGGUUGGAGGGGCCUUAAAGCCCAUCCCACCCUCUGCCAUGGGCAGGGACACCUUCCACUAUCCCUGCUUGCUCCAGGCCUUGUCCAGCCUAGCCUUGGACACCUCUGGGGAUGGGGCAGCUACAGCUUUUCUGGGGUACACAUUGUAGCAUCAAGGAGUUUAAAGUGAGGAUUUUCCUCCCUGGGUAGUGGAUUUAUGCCUGGGAAACACCCAUUCAUCCAGCAUUUCCCUGAGCAUGUCCUUCCCUUGCAGGUGGAGAGUGAUUACUGCCUGCUGCUGGCCCUGCCCUGCGGCCGGGACCAGGAGGACGUGGUCAGUCAGACGGAGUCGCUCAAGGCUGCGUUCAUCAGUUACCUGCAGGCCAAGCAGGCUGCAGGCAUCAUCAACGUCCCCAACCCCGGCUCCAACCAGCCUGCCUACGUUCUGCAGAUCUUCCCACCCUGCGAGUUCUCGGAAAGCCACCUGUCCCGCCUGGCCCCCGACCUCCUCGCCAGCAUCUCCAACAUCUCUCCUCACCUGAUGAUUGUCAUCGCGUCGGUAUGAGCUGUUUACCAGUUACUGACUUUUUAUUAUUUUCAUUUUAAUUUUUUUUUAAUUUUUCCAAGGCCCUGCAGCAAAAAACAAACAAACAACUACAACAACAAAAAAAAAAAGCCCACAAAAAACCACACGAAAAAUUAAUUUUAAAAUAAAACUAAUUCAAAAGAAGGAGAGAAGGUCGUGAAACAAGAAAAUGCUGCCAGAAACCAGCUUCCUGCCCGACGGCCUCGAUCAAACCUUGGAUGUUUACAUGUUGCUUUAGCUUAUGGACAACUGAUGCACUCAGCAGGUGGACUGGGCUUGGGUUCCCGUGCCUCCUUUUUUGGGGAAAAAAACACACAAAAAAGAAAAAAAAAAAAAAAAGAAAAAAAGAUAAAAGGAUGGCUUAUUUUUUUUAACAAAAAAAAAAGGAAAAAAAUAAAAAAGAACCUGAACUGCCUUUGCACUAAAUUAGUGACUCGGACUUUGCACAGUUGGAGACGCUGUGACGUUCUGGAUGUCUUGACACACAUUGACCGCGCCGUGGACGUUCUGCAGGGACUCUGCUGAGAUUUGUGGGUCAAGGAGCAUUUCACAGUCAUUUUUUAUUUUAUUGGUUGUUUCGUUGGCUUUUUUGUUGUUUGUUUUUUUUUUUUCCUUUUGGGGUUGUUUAUUUUUUCGGGGGGGUUAUUUUUUCUGGAUGUGAACCUUCCUCUUCCUCCACCUGCCCCUGCUGCAGCCGUCUUCUCUUCAUCUGGGAUGUACAGUUUACACUGAAAAACAAGAGAAUACAAAACAAACAACAAAACAAAAGGGAGAGCUUUUUUCCUUCCUGGUGGGAUAUGCAGAACUCAGUGGGUGUGUGUAUAUAUAAAUAUAUAUAUAAUAUAUAUAAAUAUAUAUAAUACUGACUUUAAAAAAAAAUCAAAUCCCCACAACAUACAUUUUUUUUUAAUCUGUGCCAAAAAUGUGUUUUCAGAGAAAAAAAAUCUUAUUUUCAUACUCAGAC